AUGAUUUUGGUUGAUAUUAUCAAACUCGAAAACUGGUAUAAGGUAGAUAUGGCCAACUCGAAUAUCAAAAAAGUGUAAGUUAUCUUUUGAUAUAUCUCACAAAAACAACCAAAACCUAUUUCAGAUUCGUAUUUCAAUCAAAUGAGACCAAGGACUCAAUAUAUGUUCCAUUAUGCGAUAUUUCAAAUUGUGAACAAGUCGAAUGCAAUUUCGUGAAAACAUCAAAAUUGACAAUUCAAAAACACACUGAUAAUGUUGUUCGUUGUCAAUUGAUUUCAUAUGUUCUGAAGACGAUAUUGAAAAAGGCCGACAAAGAUGAACCAAAUUCCCUAUUCAUACUUAGCCAAAUGCGAUAUGUUAUCAGGCAUGGAGGGGGAGAAGAGCUGGAAAAAAAUAUGAUGUCGGUAAACAUGAAAGAAAAAGAACUUAAGACCGUAGUCACGUUGGCUAAAAUUGAUGAAGUCUUCGACCAAAAAUUGGAUAUAAUAAUGAAAAGAUGGACCGCGGAGGGAACAAAAAUGAUUCCCACGAAGGAUAAUAUCGCGCUGAAACUAUUUCGAUUAUCGAGCGAACCCGGAUUCAGUGAUUAUCUGGAAGCUGUUGAAAAACAACAAAUGACGGUUACUAAUGCCAUCAAACAUAUGGUAAUGAUCCGAGAAAAAACCAAGUGCCAUGUAUCUGGAAAUCGAUUUUUAUCGCCAAAAAUAUAUGCUAAGAUGGUGAAAGUUGAAAGCGGCGAAAUAAAAAUACUGGAGAUUGGCCCAAUUGCAGAACAAUGCGAUUCCGAAGAUAUGUCAGAUAAGGAGAUCUUUGAUUUCAUAUUGGUCGCUUUAUCUCGACAACACUUCGUAGAGGAAACUUAUCCAGAUCAUAUAAAAAUUGCUGUAAUAACAUGUGAGUUGUAAUUUCGAAAAUACGAGGAAAAAUAAUGCGGUUCUUUUCAGCAUAUUCUGGUUCGAUGGGCGGAGUAUUGUAUGCUCAUGUUGAUCGAUAUAUGGAUGUUAGCGAAUACACCGAUUUGAGUCUGAAUACUUCUCAAUUGACGAGCGCAUUGAGUAUUGGAAAAGAAACGAAAGUUGGAAUGGUUCGCAUAUAG